AUGCCGACUCCCCAAGAAGAAGAAGAGUUCAUGAAGAGUCUGCUGCUCGACCUUGAACGAGACAGCUCUUUCUGGACUGCCACCCUGACUCCGGACCCCUCGCCAGUGAAACCCACGUCUGCCACCACUUUCACCCUCUCUGCUGCAUCCUCACCGUGUUCGACGCGUCUCCCUCCGACCACCCCCACCAAACCGGCGAAACCCCUUGCACAGACAGUCGCGGUUGAGGACGUGGAUAUGAGUGCCUUGCUCGACGGCGCGGAAGAUUGGGACUGGUCAGAGCCACUGCUUUCUCCCGUAAAGCCGAAACCGAAGGCGAAACGAAAACCGAUAGACACGCCAAUUUAUCUCCCACCGCCAUUUAUACGAUGCGUCGUAGAGUCCGUCGCAGUACCUGAGGUCUCCCGCGGGAAAAUGCAAAAGGACCUGAGCGUUCGUCUCGAUGGACCGGACGUAAAGUAUUGCGUCACGUUGCAAGACGAAUGGGCGCGCACUGACGUUCGUGUUGGCGAUAUUAUUAACAUUGUUGGAUCUUCGCCUCUAUCUACCGCCAUUUCAAUCACAUCUUCCCAAAACUUUCUUAUCCUUCAUCCCGACCUUCUCUUGACGCCAACGACAUUGGCCAAUUCAAUAGAAUGCCGUCGUAAACAAAUGAUAUCCAGUCUCGUGCGCUCUACCUCGGAUACCUCACCAGCACUCGUGUGGGGGAACAUUUUGCAUGAAGUUAUGCAAUCGUGCAUGGCUGUCGAAUACUGGGACGAGCGGUGGAUUGAAGCCAAAGUCGAAGAAAUAAUUCGAGAGCAUAUUUCCGACAUAGCCAAAAUUAAUCUGAGCGUAGAAGACGCACGACGAGAAAUUAAUCUGCGGGCUCGGGGUCUCAAGGCGUUCUCCGAAAAAUAUCUGGCUGAUUCACCCAAACCAGAAGCCAUUCUAACCAAUACACGCAGUGGACCGGCUGAGGUCUCCGCACUCGCUGUCUCUCAGCUACUCGAUAUUGAAGAAGACAUUUGGUCGCCCAUGUGGGGCCUCAAAGGCAAAAUCGACGCGACAGUCCUUGCUAUUAUAUCCGAUUCGGCUGCCGCAAAAACAGUUCUAUCUAGUGGACCCAAACCCUUCGAAAUCAAGACCGGUCGUCCGGUAGCUAGCUUAGAGCAUCGCGCGCAAACGAUGCUGUAUACUUUGCUUACCCAGGAGCGUUACGGAGCAGAAGUAACAUCAGGUUUACUUUUCUACACUCAAAGCGAAGAAGUUGUGAGAGUACCGGCGACGAGAAACGACAUCAAGGGUCUCAUUGGGAUUCGCAAUGAAAUUGCGGGGUACAUGAUGCGCCGAACCAAGGCCAAUGGAUCAAGAUUCACGUCUGAGCCAGAACCUUUUCUGCCACCAACGAUUGAUGACGAACGAAUAUGCAAGCGAUGUUACAACAUCGAUGCGUGUAUGCUGUAUCGCAAGGCGGUAGAGAAUGUUGAAGAUACCCGGUCUCCGAUCUCCGAUAUCUAUCAACUGAAGACCAGUCACAUUACCUCUGAGCAGGCCGAGUUCUUCAAGCAAUGGGAAGCCCUUUUAUCGCUCGAAGAACAGGAUUUAUUGAGGUUUCGAAAGGAACUCUGGACCAUGGGUGCUGCUCAGCGGGAAGCAAAAGGCAGAUGUUUUAGCUCGAUGGCUCUCGACACGACAUUUUCACCACCCAAAUACAUGGCAAAGACGCAUAAGAUCCAUCAGUUCACAUAUCGGUUUGUUCGAAACUCUGAAGCGACAUCCCUCUUGAACAAACAUAUUGGUGUUGGGGAACCCAUCACUGUGUCGGUCGAGCCUAACAUGUAUGCGCUCUCUCGAGGGUUCAUUCUGGAGCUAGAGCCCUUAUCUGUGGUGAUUGGAGUGGACCGCGAGCUUUCGUUGGAUAACAUCAAUAUGCGGCUGGCCCGGUUCCGGCCUUCUGGUGCUUCGAUUGGGAGUCCCGUGUUUCGAAUCGACAAAGACGAAAUGUUCGGUGGGAUGGGACGCAUGCGGGAUAAUCUUGCGCACCUCUUUUAUGUAGACGGAGACCAGCGCCGCCUGGAACUCAUCGUGAACCUCCGGCCGCCUGUGUUCGUCGAUCCAUCAACAGCCAUUCCUGCACAUUUGACAACACAUAUCGACUCUCUGAACUCGAAUCAACAAGACGCUAUCCAUAAGGUCCUCAGGGCCGAGGACUACUCCUUGAUAUUGGGAAUGCCGGGUACCGGCAAGACGACAGUGAUUGCAUCAUUGAUCAAAAUCAUGGUCGGGAUGGGUAAAACGGUCCUGUUGACGUCCUAUACGCAUUCUGCGGUCGAUAAUAUACUCCUAAAGCUGAAGGGAAAGGUUGAUUUUGACAUCUUGCGGCUCGGCAAUGUCGAUAAGGUCCAUCCAGAUGCACGAGAAUUCACUCUGGAAGCGCGACGAACGCCAACUACCGUCGAGCAACUAGAGCACCAGAUUUUGUCUCCGCCUGUUGUAGCAACGACUUGUCUCUCGGUUGACCAUGCCUUGUUUUCGCGUCGGAAGUUUGACUACUGCAUUGUGGACGAGGCAUCGCAAAUCACGCUCCCAACGUGUCUGGGACCGCUUCGCUUCGCGCAAACAUUCGUGCUCGUCGGCGACCACCAUCAACUCCCUCCAUUGGUGCGGAACAAAGACGCUCGCAAAGGUGGUCUGGACGUGUCGCUCUUCCGACGGCUUUCAACUGCCCAUCCUGACGCGGUCGCCGAUAUGUCCCAUCAGUACCGCAUGAACGAGGAUAUCAUGACGCUUUCGAAUCGCUUGAUAUACAACAACAAGCUGCGAUGUGGGUCGGACGAGGUCGCCCGGCAGAGUUUGGUUCUUCCCGAUCGGACCUUCAUGGACGGGCUGCACAAAGGGACUAUGUGUCAUUCAAAGGGAUGCUGGUUGGAUUGCCUUAUGGCCGAGAGCUGUAAAGCAGUUUUUGUCGACACCGAUGCCCUUCCUGCUCGCGACUCGAAAGUGGGCGACUUGGUCCAGAACGAGGUCGAGGCAGCGCUGGUAAGCCAGAUCACAGAGACGCUUCUCCGCAGUGGGGUUUCUGUCGAGCAGAUCGGCAUUCUUUCGCUGUAUCGCCAACAGUUAAAGCUCUUGAACCACCUUCUGCAGCACCGCAAAGGCCUCGAGCUGCUCACUGCCGACCGGAGUCAGGGCCGAGACAAGGACUGCAUUAUUAUCUCGCUGGUGCGGUCGAAUUUGGAUGGCAAUGUCGGCGAUCUAAUCAAGGACUGGCGUCGGAUGAAUGUCUCAUUUACGCGGGCGCGGUCAAAGCUGAUCAUCGUUGGGUCGCGCAAGACGCUACAGGCAGCACCGCUGCUGAAGGACUUUUUCGAGCUGAUGGAUAGCCGUGGGUGGAUAUUGGCGCUGCCGCCGCAAGCGGACACGCUUCAUCCGUGUUUUGCGGGUGUGCCGAGUGGAGGAGAGAAACGCCGGGCGGAGGAGCCGGCCAAGGAGAAUGCCGUGGAGCGGCCGGUGAAGAAGAUCAAGACGAAGGAGGAGGGUAUCUUGCGUGGACGGCCGAUUUUGCGGGACUUGGUGAAUGAGAGCAUCAUGUAG